AUGUGGGCGGAUCUAAUUCGCGAUUCCGCUUUCGGACACUGCGUCCGCCUCAUCACAAAGAGAAAGUAUCUUCAGUAUCCUGAAGAGAAGGACCCAGAGUACUGGAAGAGAUACGUUAAUCAAGAGAAAUCGGGGAAUGCGGCGUACCAUGGAUCCACGCAGCCGCCUGAGAACGCAAAUGAAGUGCCGGAGCUAGCGCACCCACGCAGUGUCCGUAGUCGCCAAGAGAGUGAUGUUUCUGACGAGUCCAAAAGCACACUUGGCAAUGGUGUGAAUGAGCCCAGUGGUGUUCGCGUGGAUCCAGAAAAGGGACGCGAUUAUCAUGUUGUUGACUGGGAUGGCCCUGAUGAUCCACAGAAUCCACGAAACUGGCCUCGAGCAAAGAAAUACUUUGUCACGUUUGAGAUUUGUCUCCUCACCUUUUCAGUCUACAUUGGAUCUGCCAUUUACACCCCCGGUUUGAUGGGGGUUAUGCAAGAGUUUGGCGUUGCUCAGGUGCCUGCGCUAUUGGGAUUGACACUAUACGUUGCGGGAUAUGGUCUUGGUCCUAUCUUAUGGUCUCCCAUGAGCGAAAUCCCACAGAUUGGAAGGUUGUGGGUGUACAUUCUCACACUGCUUUUAUUUGUGCUGCUGCAGUUGCCUACGGUGUUCUCAGUCAACUUCGGUAUGCUGUUGGCCUUCCGAUUCUUGACUGGAUUUGUUGGAUCGCCAGCUCUUGCCACAGGAGGGGCGUCCAUUGCCGACAUGUACCGGCCAAAGAAACAAGUCUAUGGGCUGGCAGUUUGGGGAAUAGGUGCAGUAUGCGGUCCUGUUUUGGGCCCCCUAGUGGGAGGAUUUGCAGUCAUGUCAAAGGGAUGGAAGUGGACGAUAUGGGAGAUUAUGUGGCUAUCCGGCUUUUGCUGGAUUGUGUUCUUCUUUUUCCUACCGGAAACCAGCUCAACCAACAUCUUACACCGCCGGGCAAAGCGGUUGAGGAAACUCACUGGUGACGAUCGGUUUACUUGCGAGCCAGAUCUAAUGGCGGCAGAAAUGACAGGAAAGGACAUUGUCCUUAUGGUUCUAGUAAAGCCCAUCACGCUCAACUUCACUGAGCCAAUAGUCCUCCUGCUCAACCUGUACAUCGCACUCAUCUACGGCCUACUUUACAUCUGGUUCGAGUCGUUUCCAAUCGUAUUCGAGGGCAUAUAUGGAUUCAGCCUUGGUAUCAUGGGGUUAGCUUUCCUUGGCAUUCUUGUUGGCACCUUUGUCGCAGCCAGUGUGCUUCUUGCAUGGAACUAUUUUUACCUGGAGGAUCAGUUUGACGAAAACGGCAACAUUGAGCCCGAGAAGCGGCUGAUUCCUGCCAUGGUUGGAUGCUUCUUCGUGCCCAUCUGUUUGUUCUGGUUCGGAUGGUCGGCGAGGCCGGACGUGCAUUACAUGGUGCCGAUUGUUGGAUCUGGCUGCUUUGGCAUUGCGGCUUUUACCCUCUUCCAGGCGGUCCUACCAUAUCUCAGCGAUGCGUAUCCCGACUCUGUGGCUAGUGUGUUGGCAGGUAACGAUCUGAUGCGAUCGUCGUUUGGUGCGGGGUUCCCACUGUUCGCGAACGCCAUGUACAAAAAACUUGGCGUCGAUUGGGCGAGCAGUCUGCUGGCGUUCUUGGGCAUCGCCUUUAUCCCGAUCCCGUUUGCGCUGUAUAAGUGGGGCAAGCAGAUUAGGCACAAGAGCAAGCAGGCGAGGAAGGAUAUAUAG